AUGUAUUGGAAUGAAGGGGCUUCUACGUUGAGAAGCAAAUGUAACAAAUACUACCUUAGCGUACAAGUAGUACUUGUAUGGGAAUGUGAAAUGAAAGAGUCAGAUGCAUUCGAUAGAAACGAACUUCUUAUAGAGUUAACAGACACGGACAAAAAUAUUAGUUAUGCACAAUACUCAACGUUCUCAAUUGGAUGCGAAAAGGACGGCUAUCCGCUCAAGGAACUUACAGGAUACUCAGGAAAUGCAGGAGAUAGUUUAACAUCUCAUAUCAAUGCAAAGUUUACAACAUUGGAUGUGGAUCAAGAUAAAGAUCCUGGAAAUUGUGCACAAAAAUAUGGUAAAUGUAUUUUUGUUCUUACUAAAUAA